GCGAGGCUAGUCCGGGGCCUAGGUCGGGUAAAGAAAUCAAUAUGGCGGCCUCAGCGCCCUGAUACAAGAUGACACGUUUUUCUGAAAUAUCUCGCCGUUUUUAUAUCAAAAAUUCAGUUGUUCCGUUUGAAGAAGAUUCUACACACGAGUUUAAAGGCCACAGGAACAUAAGUGUAGAGGAACUGCCGCCAUGGUGUUAUAUUCCGGGAACUGAUAGGCGAUCACGAAAGGCAGUUUCAAGAAACAUUAAUGGCUUCCUGAACACAGGAAAGGGAGGAACCAUUUAUCUUGGAAUUGUAGAUGACGGUAAAGUGAAAGGAUUACACUUGACACAAUACCAGAGAGAUCAUGUGAGAAUUGCAGUGAAAGAUGCUCUGAGUAGAUACACCCCUGCAGUCCCUGAAGAAUAUUUCAAAGUGGAAAUUGUACCAGUAAUAGGCACUGAUGAGGAUAUAGAUUCUGUUGCACUUGAUCUUGAAAAUGAUAGGUGUGAUGAAGUCGACAGUAAUCGAUUAAGGCCUCAUCUCUUGAGGACAUCUGAUUAUUGCUGGUGUGACAAAGAUGCUAUGAAUCAUUUUGCUGAGGGAUUUGUUGCUUCUUUCUAUGUGGUGGAAAUCACGGUCUUUCCUUGGAGGGACCAACAGCUGAAAACAGAAAAGGGUCAGCUUCACCUUAACCUACAUCCAGUGUUUGAGGAUGAGGAGGGAAAAUGCUAUUUUAGAAGACAAGCAAGUUUAGUGCAGUAUUCCAUACAAGAAGUGGUCGAGCUCACAAAACAAGAGAUCAAUCAUCACUUCAAGCCUUUACUACUAAGCAUCAGAGAAGAGAUGAAAACCAUCAGAGAACAGCACAGUUUAAAUAGCUAGAUUUCGUUGACUUUUGUUAUAAGAGUUUUCAAAGAAUACAUGUAGAUUUGAUUGACUAAGAGUUAUAGGAGUUUUCAAGUUACAAUUCAAGAUAUUUGUACUUAUCAGAGUCGUUUAUAAGGCCAGUUUUCAUUAUUUAUUUAUUUUACAACAAAUAAUAAUGUACAUAAAAUGCAAAUUUUUUACACUUCUAG